UGUUUGUGUCAUGUAUGUGGGAACGGUAGUGCGACCCAUUACUAGAAGUGGACGCACAUACAACAACAUACAGCCCUGAAAGAUAGCGAGUAGAGUAGUACAAUAACAUGCAACUCUGAAAGAUAACGAGUAGAGAAGAGUAGCGAGAACAAGCGGGUAGGAUAAAACGAACGAUCUCACAGUUGGAAUAGACGCGGACGCGAACACACGGCACUGGUAACCUUUUUAACUUGUUAAACAAAUAUUCUUAACUUUUAAAAUAAACGUUGUAAUGAACUAUUUUUAAAAUAAACGUUGUAAUAAACUAUUCUUAACUUUUAAAAGAAAUGUGGUAAUAAACCUUUACGUUUUAAAUAAACAAAUCCACAAACCCACAAAUUGGGGGCUCAUACCGUGGAAAAAUUGUGGAUAAAAUUUUAAUGCGUGUUUUACUUAUCGGUGACUGUACAUGAAGCGGUAAAAGCGUCCGUAAGCGUCGAUAUCCCAACAUUUUUUUUUCCGUUAACUUUCAUUGAAGAAGACUAGCAGAUCACUCAAGCUGCGGGCGAGAGUGAGCUAGUAAGAACAUAUUGGUUGGUGUCAGUGAAUAAGCAGAACGUGCGUUGAAGAAGACUAGCAGAUCACUCAAGCUGCGGGUGAGAGUGAGCUAGUAAGAACAUAUUGGUUGGUGUCAAUGAAUAAGCAGAGCGUGCGUUGAAGAAGGCUAGCAGAUCACUCAAGCUGCGGGUGAGAGUGAGCAAGUAAGAACAUAUUGGUCGGUGUCAGUGAAUAAGCAGAACGUGCGUUGAGGAAGGCCAGCUGGUGAGCGGCGGUGAGUAAGCAGAAAGGCGAAAUCAACUAGAAAGCACAAGCUGAAACAAAAGCGGAGCGAGUGUACAACGUGAAGGCGUUUCGGCGAAAAUACAAGUACAAAGCUUAUGUGUGAUGAAUGAGCAGAACGGCGAUUUAAGGAAAAGCAAAGCUUUCUUACAGUAUAUGGAACACACAUCCAAACGGUAUAUUACACCCUUUAUUUCAUGGAUGGGCACAAGUUGUUUUCUUUACGUUAAUGACCCGGAAACAGUGGAAACGAUUUUCAAUUCACCGCACUGCACGAACAAAGGCGAAUUCUAUCGUUUUCUAGCUGUAGCCAUUGGCGAUGGGCUCUUCACGUCCAGCUCGCCCCGCUGGAAUAAGCAUCGCCGCCUCAUCAAUCCGGCUUUUAGCCGCCAAAUUAUCAACAACUUCCUGCCCAUUUUCAAUGCGGAAGCCGAUGUAUUGCUGGGCAAAUUCGCCGCUUUGACCACGACCGGCACACAGCUAGAAAUAUACGAGAUGUUGAAACGUAACGUUUUGGAGGCAGCCUGUCAGACCACAAUGGGUAAGCGCAUGAAUUUCGAGAACGAAGGCUCGGCGCAUAUCUUCGAAGCGUACAAUGGCAUCACCGAGGUGUGUGUGCGCCGCAUGCUGUCGCCCUGGCUUUAUCCGGAUGUGCUCUAUCGCCACUCUUCGCAGUUCGUGCGCCAACGGCAGGUCGUUCAAGUGCUCUUCAGCUUCAUUGAUAGUCUGCUGCAGCUAAAAAAUAAUAAAUCAGUUGCAAAUGGCAUAGGACAACAACAAGUGCAACAACACGCCACAACGAAUGGAAAGAAAAGUGAAAAUUGCUCUGGAUCUGCCAAGGAGUCUGAGGGUGUUGUAAGUGGGAGAGAGCAUUUAAAUGGAAAAGUGGGUGUGGAUGCAUCAACGGAUGUGAAUGCGGAUGCUUCAGCGGCCAUACGGAAGUCGAAAGCUAUAUUUGUGGAGCAAGUUCGUACGCAUGUGGAGCGAGGUCAACUGUCGUGGGAGGAUGUACGCGCCGAGGCGAAUGUUAUCAUAGCGGCGACCUUCGAGACAACUUCGACAGCUUUGUAUAUCGUCUGUUUGUGUCUCGCCAUGCAUCCCGAAUACCAAGAAAAGCUAUACAACGAACUCAGCACGAUCUUCCCAGAAAAUGAACCACCCAUAGUGGACUAUGAGCACCUGGAGCGUAUGCCUUACACCGAAAUGGUCAUCAACGAAGCGCUGCGGCUCUACUCACCCGUACCGAUGGUGUUACGUAGCGUAGCCGAUGAUUUUCGUCUACGCGACGGCACGCUCAUACCGCGUGGCACACAAAUCGGCAUCGACAUUUACAAUAUGCAACGCGACGAACGCAUUUGGGGAUCAAAUGCCAAGCAAUUCAAACCGGAAGCACACUUCGGACCGAAUACGACGAAGCGACAUGCAUUCGCUUUUAUACCCUUCACCAAAGGUUUACGCAUGUGUAUUGGUUAUCGUUAUGCGCUGAUGCUGAUGAAGGUGUUCGUCGCGAAGAUAUUCCGACAAUAUCGCUUGACGACCAAAGCAUCACUGGAUCAACUGAUCGUUAAGGGUACCAUAUCGCUGAAACUGGCCGAAUAUCCAUUGUGUCAAUUGGAGAAGCGCAAAAGUUGAGGGGUUAGGGUUAUUAUAGAGUGUAAUGUAAAAUAAAAGUUUGGCGAA